CUCAGUAGUUGAUCAGAAUGAAAUAUUUCGUGCUGUGUUUGUUUCUGGGCGCUGUGGCUGCGGAAGCACCAUUUGCUGGAUAUGCUCCAUCGGGAUGGCGGCCACAGGGUGCACAGCUUAAGUUACCUUCUGAGUAUGGAGCUCCAGUGGUUCAGGAACCUGUAGAAGUAGAAAUCACCCAGGAGAACAUCGCCCAUGCCGGUCAGCUCGUGGAAACUACCACCGACCAAUACCCAUCCAACGAGUAUUUGCCACCGACUACAACUGAUCAACCGGAACUAGAUCCAAUUCGUGUGCAAGGUUUGCCAGAUAACCAGUUCAAGGAUUUUCAACGAUCUAAACCGCAACAGGCAGCCCGACUCAGCGCGAAUCGUCGAACAAAUCUAGCUUCAAAACAACCACAGGUUCCUCAGCCGCAAUCAUUUUUUGCUCUGAAUGGCCAGCUUCGUGUUUUGCCAGUUAAUAACCUUCAAUUCGGACGCCAGGAGCAAGCCAUUCGACCUGUUCAAACCUACGGAGUUCCAAAUCAAGACGGAGAUGACGCCACAGGUAAGGAUGUACCCGAAACUUAUGAUCAACCCGAGGAACCUGUACCAACGGAACAACCUGAACCUAACGACGAGGAUGAGGAAGAAGAUCAGAGCGAUCCAUCUCAGAACGACAACCGACCGGUCAUCGCUGCUUCCAACGCAUUUUCCGGUCAAUAUUACAUUGUCGGCCAGGACAACAAACUACAACGGGUAAUCUAUUCGACCUCACAGACUGAGGACGAUCGUCGCCAGAUGGGUUUCACCGCUCAGCUGCGUUACUCCCCGGUGGAACCGAUACAGGGUCCAGUGUACGCGUACAACGAACAAGGUCAGCUGGUUAGGAUCUACAAGUAGAAUCGGAAAUAGCUGCGUCACCUGCACUGCCAAAUUACAUCGAUACUAUUCCGGUCACGUUUGUUACCCCUUUGGACGCGAAUCACAUAAGCAUACACCUGUUAGUCAUACCGCUAGAUGGAAGAACAUAAUAAUGGCUCAAGUUUUUGUUUCAUAUUUGUUCGUUUUUCGUUACUUAUUUGUGAGUGUAAUUUAUUCAUGCUUUGAUUUCGUUUUGUAAGGCCUCUAAAAAUAAUCAAUUUAAA